CGGAUGAUGGACUUGUUUGUGGUACAAAUUCAACAAGAAUCCCUUCAUUUCGAUACUGAAUAUAAUACAUCACUUUAUAAUACAUCAUUCAACAUUUUUUUUGAACAUUACAGUUACAUUAAAGUUUACAGUGUAUUGCGUAUAUUACAAGAAAUGAUUACUGAAGAGAUAUUUUGGCAGAGUAUUCGUAUAUAUGUAAAGGACAACAAGCCAACUUUUAACUAUUUUGAUGAAAUUAUGAAGAAUAGAAUUCGAACCCUUUCGGAUGUAGACAUUCAAAUAUCUAUAUACGAUUUAACUCGUAUAAAGCAACUAAUCACUACGCUGCUCACGUCUCCAAUAAAGCGAACAUAUUAUAUUGUAAUGGAAAUAGUACGAGAUUAUAAAGUUUAUUAUUAUUAUACUAAACCGAUAAAAAGGUUGAUAUCAAAUUUAAAUAAGUCGGCGGAUGAUUUCAUAUCUACAUCGGAUAAGUUGAGAAAUAACUACAACAUUCAUAAUAUAGGACCGGAUAACUUUAUGGUAUAUAAUCCAGAACAAACUGGAUAUUAUCGAGUCAAUUACGAUAUCGAGAACUGGCGAAGAAUGGCAAGUUAUCUAAAUUCUACAAAUUAUAGGGAAAUACAUGUUUUGAAUCGUGCUCAAAUUAUCGAUGACGCUUUCCACUUAAUGAUAACAAACCAACUUAAUUCCACUGUAUUCUGGAAUAUUGCAAAAUAUCUAUCACAAGAAACAGACUACGUGGCAUGGUAUCCUAUGUUUAAAGCUUUAGAAUAUCUGUCCAAUAUCUUUCUAUUUCAGGAAAGAAUAUAUAUUAAAAUCAAGGUGAAAGUGCUAAUCUUACUAAACAAGUUGCUUGAUUCACUUAAAUACAAUGAACUUGAUUCUAAUGAACACGAUCUUACAAAGAGUUUGAGAAUGGAGGCUGCGAAAUGGGCAUGUAAUCUUGAUGGUCGCAUAUGCAUAGAAACAGCCCAACAUAACUUAAUUUCACAUCUCGAGAAUCCAGAAAAGAACACGCUUUUGCCAUGGUGGAAAGAAUGGACAUAUUGUCAAGGUUUAAAAAUAUUGCACUAUCCUCUUAGCAAUGAAAGUAUGAAGGAUUCACCUUGGUGGAAAGUAUAUCGUCUGGGAAAAGAAAAAUUUAAAACUAAAUUUUUAAAAUAUCUGUCUUGCCCUGAGGAUUCAACAUUUAUCAUACCCUAUUUAAAUCUAAUAAAACAUGAUAGUGCACCAUCGAUUAUAUUUUUAAAAGAUUUUUCCGAUAAAGAUUAUAUUAAUUAUUUUCUUUUUACUAUCGCGAAGCAUGCAAGGACUCCUGCAGUACUCGAUUUCAUAUUACACAAUCUUAAGAAUAUAAAACCUAAACAAAUCAGCGAGUAUGCAACAUUUACUGUAAUUAUUAAUCAUGUGUAUUCCACAGAUCAACUCCAAAAGAUAAACGACUUCUUAACAGAUAAAUUUUUUAAUGGAAUGCAAGUUAAAUUAAAUGAAUGUAAGAAGUUAUCGCGUUUUUUGAAUGAAAGAAAUAUGAAAGUAGAGACAUGCUUUACAGAAUUAGCAGAAAAUUUCACAUGUAUGCAGCCAUAUACUUCAAAUAUUGUAAGCAAAUUACAAAUGCGCUUUUUCGAAAUCAAAAGUCAACAGAAUUACUUUCAAAAUUUUGUCAAAUAUCAACAAUAACCGUUUGAUAGAAGUAACAAUUGUGACGCAAAUACAUCUAUAUAUCUUUUUGACAAAUAGCUUUUUAUAAUGUUUAU